AUGAAAUUCACAUCUGUCGCUACCCUUGCCUUUUUGACCUCCUCUGCCUUUGUUGGCGCUGCUCCAGUCGAUGAGAUGGCUGGCGGUCUUGCUCUUUCCAAGAGAGAGUUGGACGCUCUCGACAACGACUUUGUUGAAAACGUUGUUCGUGAGUUGAUGAACGGUGCUUCUGAGGAGGAUUUGCACAAGAGAUUUGAAAUCACCGAAGGCCAGAAGGAGUUUAUCUCCAAGAUUUUCAACUUGUUCAAGAAGUUCUUGUCUAACUACUUCAACAAGGACUCUCCAUCUUCUGGUGCUGGCGGUUCUGCUCCAACUGGCUCUGCCCCUGCUGGCAGUGCUCCAGCCAAGACUGGUAUUGAUAUCACCAAGACUGGCACCCCAACCACCACUGCUGCUCCAAGUGCUGCUGUGAGCGAGAUCCCAGGUAUUGGCAGUGCUGCUCCAGAAGCUCCAGGUGCCGCUACCACUAGCAAGGCUGGCGCUGGCGCUGGCUCCAACGUCUUGUCUAACCUUUUGAAGGGCAACAAUUAA